AUGAAGGUUGCACUGUUCGGGGCCACAGGUGGCACCUCGCCCGGGACCGGCGUCGAGAUCCUCCGCCGGCUUCUUGGCUCUGGGACUGUCGAGGAAGUGCGAUGCCUGGCCCGCAGCCCAGAGAAGUUGCCGCAGGAGCUGCGGGAGCAGACGGGCGUGCAGGUUGUCUCCGGAUCUUCCACGGAUUCGGCUGCCGUUGCCGAGACCUGCAAGGGAGUGGAUGCAGUGAUCGUCAGUCUGGGGGGCCCGGCCAAGGGGCCGGGCGUGGACGUGUGCAGCCAGUCGCAGAAGGUCAUCAACGAGGCUUUGGGAGAAUCCGACUCCCGCAUGAUCUGCAUCAGCUCCAUCGGCGUAGGAGACCACUACCAGCACUGCAGCCUCUUCGCGAAGUUCUUCGCAAGCUGGAUCAUCCCACAGGCCCUUGCGGACAAGAAGCUCCAGGAGGAGAUGGUCAGGACGCUGAAGAACUGGGUGGUGGUGCGGCCGGGAGGGCUCAUCGACGGCGAGGGCAAAGGGCACUGGCAUGCCGCAGAAGAUGCCUGUGGCACAUACCCCACCAUCCCACGUGCGGAUGUUGCCGACUUCGUGGUGAAGGAGUGCCUGCCACCCAGUGACCAGUGGCUCCGACGAAACGUAGCCCUUGUCACGAAGAAGCCGAGCCGUGCGCGGCAGUGCUUCUCAAAGGCGGCCACCGACUCCCAGUGA